AUGUCUGCCCGCCCGCUCCCGCCCUUCCUGCCGGACAGCGUCGAGUCAUUCCGUGACCAUGCCCCGGAACACCUAGACGAUUGGUUCGAAUACUUCCGGAACGUUUAUACCUACGCCGAGAACGCCCAGAACCGUAUAUCCCAGCUGGAGAAUGAGACCCAGAACAUGAAGGAUAAACAUCAAGGACUCGAACAAUCCCUGCAACAAAUCACCACUGAGCGUAACUUUGCCCGAGCCCAGCUCGAGUACACUGAGCAACAACACGAGAAGGCCCUAAAGAGGAAGGACGACGACAUCUUCGAGGCCCGCCUCGCCGAACGUCGCGCCCUCGAUGCCACCCGACCUACCGUACCUACUAUCCGUGAACCCCCGAGACUAGCGCUCCCGCUGAGCUUCGUGUAG